AGUCAUAGUACUUAAUUAAUUAAUAGUACUUAAUAGUACUUAAUUAUUUUUAUGUGGAUUUAUUAUAAUGAUUAACUGCAGAUUUUUCUUUCUGCUCUGUUUUUUUACAAUGAAUUCAUUCUGAAAAAGGGGAAAUUCUGUAAGGCAAUAUAUCAUCCUCAAGACAAAAGGUUGUAAUCUGAGGAAGUGCCAGAGGUUGAAAGAGAUUUCAUGUGUAAAGUGGUUUUUCAGUCCUGCCACUCAACAUAAGUGUGGUUCCUCAUUUCAAUCACUGAGCAGAAUCAUCCUGGCUCUGUAAGGAAGCCUGUGAGACUGAGGAGCCGAAAUGAAGCUUUUCUACUUUUUCCUUUUCUGUUUCACAAAUGGUAUAAAUCCAACAAAAGGACAACUACAUCUGGAGUUGUCUGGAGAAAUGCUUCUAAGAUUUGUAUUUCAUCCAAACUACAAUUACUAUGAGAAGUCCUGUUGUAAGUUUACUAUCUAUGGGUGCAUAAUUUUUGUGACUAGCGAUGCAUAUGUUCAUGAUGCUUACAAAGGAAGAAUAGAAACCUAUAAAUACUCUGGAACAUUUGAUGUACGAAUCUGGGAUGUACGUGCAAAGGAUGCUGGGAUAUACAGAUGUGAAAUCCGUGGGAUACAAAGACACAUCUACCAAGAUUUUCAAGUUGUUAUAGCUGAUAGUGAGACUGAACUGAACCCAAUACUAUCCUUUCCAAAAUCCACCAUCUCACCAGUCAGCUUAGCGCACCACCUCUUAGAGAAACACCAGGAGAUAUCUAGUAAUAAAUGGAGCUUGAAAUUCGCACUGGGAACCAUUUUUGGCGUUGUGGUAAUCAUUCUCAUUAUGUCCAUCACCCUGACUGUGGUCUACCGUAAAAAGAAAUCAAGAGAAAAAUGUGGUAGAAGCUUCCCUAGUGCAACCAACGUCACACAACAGCUACCUCAGGAGCUCAUCUACACCACAGUGGAUUUCAAGCUCCAUGAAAACACUUCCAACAUAUAUGCCAACCUGGACAUCCACAACUCAAGACCUGAUUCAGGCAAUGCACUGAAAACACAGGACAGCGUAGAGUAUGCUACAAUAGCAGGGGUUUUAUGAUCAGUGAAAACAUCAUGAUAUGUGACUGUUUUUAUUAGAGUGGUUGAUUUAAAUAUUUUUUGCCACUGAAAUAUUAUAAUAUUAAAAUAUAGGCCAUUGCAGCCUAUGUAAUAUGUGUAGAAACAAUUUUUAAAGGUUUUUGGGGGUGUUUUUUGGUUUCUGGUCAAACAAGAAAUGAGCUUUUAUACUGUGUAAGUGUGCACAUGCCAGUAUUCACUUAACUGUGUAUGUGUAUUGCAAACUUUGCUUUUGCUCAAAAUAAGUUUGAUGACAGUCAAUAUUAAAUGAACUUGUCUAAUACAGUGGGGGCCAAAAGUCUGAGAACACAAGUGAAAAUGCUUCUAUUUUGCAUUCGUUUCUAAUUUAAUACAACAAUUUUCAUAACAAAUUAUAUUAUUCACAACAACCUUAAUGAAAAAUAGAGUCUUUGAAAUAUUUAUAUGAAUUUCAGAGUUUCAGAGUAUUUGGUAUGUCCCCUUUUUGCUUUAAUGACAGUGCAUAUUAAAUAUUCAAGAUAUUGAACAUUUAUUUUCAUUGUUUUAAAUAAUUCUAAAACCUUCUGUUUAUUUCCAAUUAAAAAAAAAAAAAAAAAAUCCCAGAUUUUCAAUGUGGUCUCAGACUUUUGGGUCCCACUGUACAUGAACAACAAAGAUAAUAUUGGUAUCACCAAAAAACUUUUCUCUUUAAAGUAUAAAACACAUGAUACUGUGUCAUGCUGACUGCAUCUGAUGGAACAAAUGGAAAUGUUGAAGAGGAUCUUUUAAAAAAAAAUUCCAUGACAUAUUAUUCCCACCACUGGUGCACUUCAACAUAGUGCUUGCGAUUCAAAUAGUUAAGCACACAGGAAUAAUGGAUUACAGUGUGGUUAAGAAGAUAAUAAUAGACCCAGCAGAAGCUCUGAGCACAUGGGGUGUUAGCUUAUAUUAGUGUAAACCAUCAAGAACAUACACAUGUGCAAUAAACAUUAACUAAUUUAGAGACUAUUGAGUGUUUGGUUACAUAUGUGAACAUUGCCAGGGCAUUUUUGUUUGUUUGUUUGUUUGUUUGUUUGGCAGUUCCUACAAAUUCCCAAUAUGAUAUUUUGUACAUCUUGACCUCAAAAUCUUUUUUUAUCCAGAUGGAUCCAGUAUCAUCAA